AUGAGAAAAGCAGCAUACAGUUGUGAUCGAUGCAAGUCCAAGAAAAGAAAAUGUGUUCGUCAAAUUGAAGUGGGUCAAAACGCUUUUGUGGAGACAUUUGAUGUCGCAUAUCCUUGUAUGGAAUGCAUAAAGGCAAAAGCCCUUUGUCAUACAUCCCUCUCAGAGAGGAAAUAUAUUAUUGAUGAAGGUAAACUCAAUACAAAUUUAAGAAAAGAAAGAGAAUCCAUAGGUAAUCUAGACGUUGCACCGACACCAUUUACUGGAACGUUGCAGACUACUCCUAAGGAUUUCUCCCCCAUAUCAUACAAAUACUCUGAUAAAAGCGAUGCUAUUUCCACAUGUGACAUUGUGGAUGACGCCUCUUCAAAUGAUUCUCGCCGAGAAACUUCUUCAUCAACUGAGUAUAAUAGCAGGACAUCAAUAUCAUACUCUCUAGAUUCAGUUCGAAACAUGCUUUCAGUAGCGCAAAGGCAAUUGCAUGAUGAAUCUACGGAGGCACGACUGACAAUUGAUGGAGAAGGCCAUACACAUUAUGCCAAUUUAUUGUGUUCAUCAACUAUUCAGAAAAGUAUAUACAAAAUGGUUAAAGGAAAAGGUAACCUCAAUUUGGAAGAGAACCCUAAGAACCCAUUUUUAGAUAACUUGGUGAAAGACGUCAAAAUUGAUGAAUAUUCGUGUGGUAUUACAAGACAGGAUACGGAUCCAUGUGUGAAACUUUUCUUCGAUCGUGUUUACCCUACUUGUCACUAUUUUGAUCAAAACCAAUUUUCAAGAUCAUACGAAUUAUAUUGGCUAAAGUUUAAAUUUAAAAACAUUAGUGUUAUUAAGUCAAAAAUCACACUAGAUAUAACGAAAGAAGGUAUAUUAUAUCUUGUUUGGUUGAUAGGUAAUUUGGCAGUUAAAAGUGACAGUCAAAAGAAUUCACGUGUAAAGGGUACUCAUUUUGCAGCUCAAGUAGAAGGCAAUUAUUUACAGCUUAUUAACAAGAUCCUUCCCAUUGCGAUAUUGAAGCCGUGUGUCUCCGGUGUACAGUUUCUCUCUCUUUAUGGCAUGUACUUAGAGAUGACCGAUUCUGUUCAAAAUGCGUAUUAUGUCAUCGAAAUAGCUGUUGCGCAGGCAUUAUCAUUAGGUUUGAACAAGGAUAUAAUAUCUUCCAUUCCGAGCUUUGAUUUGCGGAAACAAAAGACGUACUCAUAUAUUUGGUGGUCGCUUUUUUGUAAAGAAGUGUUGUUAUGCAACUUAUUAAAGCGACGGAGCACUGUAAAUCUAACAGAUUGCACAGUUAAAUUUCCUGAUUCAUAUGGAACAUUUUCAAAUGAUAUAGAAUACUGGAAGGAGCCCGAUGACUAUAACGAAUAUUUUGGGAGCAUUUGCAAGCUUCACAUGAUCUUAUACAGAAUUUUGAAUUUACAUCUCCUUAUUUCAUCUCCAAACCGGAACGCCCCCACAAAGGAAGAUAUUUAUGACGCAACACAUAUCAGAAAUGAUUUAUUAUCAUGGAAACAUUCUCUUUCCCCCCGUUUGAAUGAUGUGUUUAACUUUGGAGCCAAUUAUUCAUCUCAUUACAAAAUUUUCCUUCAUCUAUGCUUUCAUAAUUUUUUUGCAAGUUUGGGCCUUCCAUUUUUGCUCAUGAUUCUUAGGACUAUUCGGUCUGAUUAUAAGCUCAGAAUUCCUGCAAAGAAUCCGGUCAUGUUAUAUUUCACUUCGGCAAUCAAUUGUUCAAAACAACUUUACAAUAUUGUUAAUUAUGAGUACGUUAAUCAUAUUUUCAAUGGAUCUAUUUAUACAGAUAUAAACAUUUUAUAUGACGGUGUGAUAGUUCUUACAAUUGCCAAACUCAUCCUUUCCAACAAAAGCAUGCCUAAUAUUCUAGACACGAAAAUGCUAAAAGCAAAAAAAAAUAUUACUCUUGAAAGUAUACAAGAUAUGCUAAAAAAAAUUAGAGAUCUCAACCUGAAGCUUUCAUGUUUCACGCAUGGAACGAUGAACUCUGUCAGUGGUUUAAUCGAGAGCCUUCUGGAAGCAGUUGAUACUUCUGUUUCAAGUAAUGAAUUAUUGACCACUGAGAAGCACUUAGUGGAAAGACCAACGUGUAAGAAUGAAAGGUAUCAUAAGAAUGAAAUUUUACCUUUAGGAGAAAAGAAUAUUGAAAAUUAUGUUGAUCCCUUAGACAAUUUUCCAAGUGAUGAUGAUCAAUUCUUUGAUGAAAUUUCGGCUGAUCUAAAUAACCAAGAGACGGAAAUUAAUUUUUUUGGCAGAUUCAAAUAA